UAAAAAAUCAGAUAAAUAAUAUAACACUAAACCUAAUUAAUGAUCAUUUAAUGAAAAUUUUGAUGUGAAAAAAGAAUUUUUAGUAUAAAAUUAUAAAAUAAAAAAAAUAUAAUUUUUAAAUAUUAAGAGCUGAUUAGUAGAAUAUAAAAAAAAUGUAAAAAUUAAAAAAUAACUAGUCCUUUUUGUAUUGUUGAUAGAAGGAUGUUUUAAGGUGAUAUAAUAUAUUAAAUAUCUAAAAUUUAAAAUAUUUAAUUAAAUUAUAAACCAUCAGACUUUAUUCUUAGGAUCAAGUAAGAAAAUUGUAAAAAGAUUUGGCUUUUGACUAACUCUAAUUACUGUGACCUUUUCUAGAUUUAGCUUUGUAAAAGGUCGGCUAUAACAAAACAAAAGAGACAGUUAAUAUUUAUAAAGAAUUUUAUAGGCGCCAAGAGCAGCUUCCAUGUGGGUGGGUUGCCUUUGAUUGAAGCACAUGACAGUGAACGCACAACAGAGAAAGGGAAGUGCAGCAGCUAUUCUCAUGCAACUAAAAGUGGGUUGCCCACGAAAUCCCAAACAAAUCUCUUAUAAACAAUUAAUAAACUCAAACACGACAGUAGACCUUCCAUGUUAUCUUCACGCUCAAUAAUGACAUACAGUAGUACUUAAAACAUAAAUUUUUACUUCUUUUAUCUCACUUCCUCACUUCCUGGAUCCUACUCUUUCUUUCACUGUCACCCACUUCAGCAUUUGCUUGAGAAAAUUCUCUGUUUCUCCAAAAGAAGGGGUUUUUAACAGGUUCAAAAGAUUUGAGACUUUUAUUUGAACCCACGUCAGCACUUUUAGUAGAAAUUGUAAAAGUUCUCAGUUCUUUUCCAAAAAAGUGGAUAGGAAACUUUGUUCUUGUUUCUGGUGUGGAGAAAGAUUGUUUUGGUUUGGCUGUUUCUUGUGUAUGUUAUUGAGUAAUGGGGGAAGAAGAAGUGCUGGUUAGACCAGGGAGGUCUCUUGCUGAGACUCCUACUUAUUCUGUAGCUUCAGUGAUUACUGUGUUGGUUUUUGUGUGCUUUAUUGUUGAGCGCUCUAUUUACAGAUUUGGAAAGUGGUUGAAGAAGACUAGAAGGAAGGCUCUAUUUGCUUCUUUGGAGAAAAUUAAAGAAGAGCUGAUGCUGCUUGGGCUAAUAUCUUUGUUGUUGGCGCAAUGGGCAAGAUGGAUAUCUGAGAUAUGUGUAAAUUCGUCUCUUUUCAGCAGUAAAUUCUAUCUUUGCUCCAAGGAGGACUAUGGCAUUACUGAAGAUGUCUUGUUUGAGAGUUCAUCAUCAUCAUUUUUUCUUAACAAAUCUGAUAUUCCCCCUAAAGGAAUAACUAUUCGAACAUCUCAUCAGUGUGGUGAGGGUCGUGAACCAUUUGUUUCACUAGAGGGUCUUGAGCAGCUCCACCGGUUUUUGUUUGUUCUUGGGAUCACUCAUGUUCUAUACAGCUGUUUAGCUGUUGGUCUGGCCAUGAGUAAGAUUUACAGUUGGAGGAAGUGGGAAAACCCAGCUAGCAUAACGAUUGACGGGAGCUUGCAAGCAAAGAAAAACAAAGUGAUGAGGCGACAAUCAACCUUUGUUUUCCACCACACAUCCCAUCCAUGGAGCAGGAGUCGUAUCCUCAUUUGGAUGCUUUGCUUUCUUCGACAAUUCAAGAGUUCUAUAAAGAAAUCUGACUACCUGGCAUUGCGAUUGGGUUUCAUCACGAAGCACAGAUUGCCACUUUCUUACGAUUUCCAUAAAUAUAUGGUCCGGAGCAUGGAAGACGAAUUUCAUGGCAUUCUGGGGAUAAGCUGGCUGCUUUGGGUUUAUGCAAUAAUUUGCAUCUUCAUAAAUAUUCAUGGUCUAAACAUUUAUUUUUGGCUCUCUUUCAUCCCUGCCAUUCUUGUCAUGUUGGUCGGAACAAAACUUCAGCAUGUGGUUUCCACUUUAGCACUUGAAAUCGUGGAGCAAACAGGUCCAUCUGUUGGGACUCAAAUAAAGCCUCGGGAUGAUCUGUUUUGGUUUGGAAAACCUGACAUACUGUUAAGACUGAUACAAUUUAUCAUAUUUCAGAAUGCCUUCGAGAUGGCAACAUUUAUAUGGUCCUUGUGGGGACUUAAGCAGAGAUCAUGCUUCAUGAAAAACCAUUUGAUGGUAGUAAUUCGGCUAACCUCUGGGGUUCUUGUUCAGUUCUGGUGUAGCUAUAGCACAGUGCCUCUGAAUGUCAUUGUUACUCAGAUGGGUUCACGGUGUAAGAAAGCCUUAGUUGCUGAGAGCGUGAGGGAGUCGCUUCACAGCUGGUGCAAGAGAGUGAAGGAGAGGUCUAAACGUGAAUCUGUGCAUUCAGUCGCCACAAGAUCAGUAUGUUCACUUGAUACAACAAUCGAUGAGGGAGACGAAAUAACAGUUGCAUCAGGCACUCUUUCUCGGUCAUCUUCCUUAGCCUCACUGAAUGAGGCAACAGUAGCACCUCCUGAACAUGCAGAAGAUCCUCAUGAGACCUCAAACCCUCAUCCAGUUGAGCUUUCCUUGCGAAUUGAAGAGUACUUAAAUGACAGCACAUCACAUCCUCCCACAAUUGACGAAGACGGCAACACAGAGGAACCAAGAGUUGAGACUCUGUCAGAACUGUUUCAAAAGACCUGAGUAUUUUUUCCUCUUCUGACACUAAAUUUCUUCUUUUUUCCCCUUAAUGACCUGAAGUGUCAGCUUCAGCCUCAAAGUGAAAGCUGCAUCAGUUUUAGCUUAAAGGAACAUCAUAUUUUAGUUGAGGGAUGCAUUUUCUUAGGUUAGAAAUAGAGAAAGAAGCAAGAAAUAUCACUUUGUACUGUUUCUUGGAAUGUUCUUUCAUGGGAAGUACAGACAUGCAAAGAGCAGAGGUUAUUAUACCAGUGUCCCAAUCUUUUUGUUGUUCGUUGUGCUUGCUUGCUUGAUAGUUGAUAAACAUCUGAUGGCAUUAGGCACUAUAUCUACUGUUUUGUUUCAUUCUUGGGAGUGAGGGCCAAACCAGAUUCAUGUAGGCCGUUGGAUAUUCAGUAUUACGAUCAAG